AUGGCUGCGGCAAUCAAAGCUAUCAACGCGAAGAUUCGCUCCAACAAAGUGCUCGACUACUUCUGCUCGACACAUUUCUGGGGCCCUGCGUCCAACUUCGGCAUCCCGGUCGCUGCCGUCCUAGACACAAAGAAAGAUCCUGAGAUCAUCUCCGGCACAUUCACCGCAGCUCUGACCGUGUACUCGGCGACAUUCAUGCGGUAUGCGCUCGCCGUGACGCCUAAGAACUACUUGCUGUUCGGCUGCCACUUUGUCAACUUCAACGCCCAGUUAACUCAGAUGUACCGAUGGUACGAUUACUGGUAUUUGGGCGGUUCAGACAAAUGGGCCAAGAUCCGAGCCGAGGCGGCCAAAGUCGAGGGCCAGGCUGCGUCGAUAACCGAGCAGGCAAAGGAUAAAGUUGGCGGAGCAGUCAGCGAGGUCAAGAAGACGGUUUCAUAA